AUGUCUUUUGUUCCAUUCACAGAAGUUAAUCAUCAUCAACAAUCCAUUCUUUUUGGUUGUGCUCUAUUAUGGGAUGAAACUAUAGAGAGUUUUUUUUGGUUGCUAAGUACUUGGUUAGAAGCAAUGAGUGGAAUUUCUCCUAAAACUAUCAUCACAGAUCAAGAUGUUGCUAUUAGUAAUACAGUUGCAAAGGUAUUUCCAAAGGUUAAUCAUCAUUAUUGCAUGUGGCAUAUUGAGAAAAAAGUUCCUGAAUACUUGAAUCGUGUCUAUCAUGAACAUGGAAUGUCUACCACUCAAAGGAGUGAAAAUAUGAAUAAAUAUUUUAAGGAUUUUUUGAAUUCAAGUACUUCAUUAAGCCAAUUUGUGACACAAUAUGAAAAAGCUCUUGAUCCACGUUACAACAAGGAAAGAGAGAAAACUUUCAAAACAAGAAAUUCAAAGCCACUUUUACGAACUUUAUAUCCCAUGGAAGAAGAAACUUCAAAAAUUUAUACAAGAAAAAUGUUUAGAAUAUUUCAAGAUGAGUUGGUUGGUUCUCAAUUAUUUAUCACAGAAAAGGUUAAGUUUUCUAUUGAAGUCUCAACGUAUAAAGUUCGUGAAAUUUAUAAAGAGAAGCAUAUCUACUAUGUGAAUUUUCAUGUCACUUCAAAAGAAGCAAAUUGUAGUUGUCACAUGUUUGAAUAUUCAGGUAUUCUUUGUAGACAUGUAUUAUGUGUAUUCAUAAAGAAAAAGGUUUAUUGUCUCCCUUCACAGUAUGUUUUACAUAGAUGGUCUAUUAAUGCUAAAAAAGAAAAGGUAAAAGAAGUGACAAUUGAAGGAUUUCAAGAAGGAAGCAGCAACACUUCUGACACUUCAUUGUUUAAUAUUAUUAUGGUUCACUCCCUCGAACUAUCAGAAAGAGGUUCAAAAUCCGAAAAACAUCACGAUAUUGCAAUUCAAAGUUUGCAAAAUGGGAUUGCAAAACUUGAUUUAUUGGAUAUUGAAGAGUCAAAUAAGAAGUUUGUUGAUUCAACAUCUGAGAUAUGCCAAAAAUAUCUGAUGUUAACAUAG